GUUCAGUAGCGCUUCGGCUUCGCGGCGCUGAGGUGAACAGGCGCUGAUCCCGCAGCUCCUCAGACAUGAGCGUGUGCAGCUCCAACCCCAGCUGCGGGGAAGAUGUGGACGAGCUGGAGGCUGUGAGCUGGUACCACUAUGAUUUGUCCCGCCAUGCCGCUGAGGCCCUGCUCUUGUCCAAUGGUGUUGAUGGAAGUUUUCUGCUGAGAAACAGCAACAAGGGCCCUGACUGCUUUGCUAUUUCUGUAAGGGCAAAGGACUCAGUGAAGCAUUUUAACGUACGCCGGCAGGGUGGCAAGUAUUACUUCGGCUUCAAUGAUUUCGCCACUCUUCAGGAUUUCACCAGUCAUCUGGCCAAUCAGCCACUCCUGGGCAGUGAGACAGGUAACUUGAUAGUGCUGCGGGUCCCUUACCCCCGACAGGUGGAGGAACCAUCCAUCUAUGAGUCUGUAUGUGUACACACGGCCAUGCAGACAGGACGCCACGAAAGUGACUUGGUCCCCUCCGCCCCAUCACUAGGAACAAAAGAGGGCUAUCUGGUAAAACAAGGAGCUAUUAUAAAGAACUGGAAACAACGAUGGUUCACACUGAACAGAAAUGAGCUCAAGUACUUCAAAGACAAAAUGUUUGUAGAGCCCAUUCGUACACUGGAUCUGACCGCAUGCUCGGCUGUUCAGUUUGAUUACAGUCAGGAGAGAGUUAACUGUUUCUGUCUAGUGUUUCCUGAAAGGACAUUUUAUCUGUGUGCAAAAUCUGGCGUGGAAGCCGACGAAUGGAUCAAGAUUCUACGUUGGAAACUGUCACAGAUAAAAAAAGGCCGGUGAUGAUCAGAAGGAAUGAGAGUGAGCUUUGUGCGCUGCUAAGAAAGAUACAAGAGGAUGUUCUGAUAGAAAGGUCAGAGGUCUGUAGAUCAUUAGGGUCUAGACUCAUUCCUAUGGCCAGUGUAAUCUGAUGUCAAGGCAUUGUUGUGAAGGAAGUCUAUAGGAGAUAAUAUGGAGAUAAUGUGUCAUAAUGACACUUUCCUUUCUGUCAUGCUGACCACCUCUGAGGACGGGAGAUUAAGGAUAUCAGAUUAAGAAACAUAGUGGAUCUGAUGACAUUUAAAAAUGGGGCUUUCAAAGAAAACUGCUUAUCAUUCUGACUAAUUAAACAGUUGUCUUUUCACUGUGGAGCCACCUGUACUGCACUGCUGCAUGGUGUGGACAAAAUAAGAGAAACAGCAUGGGAAAAAAAAUUAAUUGACAAUCAUUGUUACAAAGUCAGCUAAGAAGAAGAUUGUCAGUUUUAUAGGAGGUCUGAAAAUCAAGUUUGAACACCCCCGGUCAAAUUACAUUUUAUUAAUUUUGAAAUUUUUGAAAAUAUGUUAACAUGUCCAGAAUGGUCCAUGCAGGGAAUAAACUUAAAUCUCUUUAGUGCAGUUUUUAUUUAUGUCUUUUUAUAUCUAUUUGCUGGGCACACUUUUUUCCGCAAGGAUGUUAAAUUCAGCAAAUAAACAGUACUUGUGCAAAACUGUACAGAAAUGUGUUCCCUGUAAAGGAACUUUUUUUUCACUUAGAAAAUCAACAAAGCAUGUAAUUUGACUGGGUGCCCAAACUUUUGCAUAUGACUGUAUAUAUGAAGCAACAUGCAGCCAAAUAGACACCAAAGUACAGGUGCAUCAGUCACGUAUACUGCAGAAUUAUUUAUAUAUACAGCUCUGGUGAAGAUAAGCAGUGGUCUCAAACCAAAGCUCACACAUAAGACAGUCAAGUAAACACUACAGCCUCAGGUUGCCACAAAGACUUUUUCUAAUCAGUCAUUUCUACAGAAAGCCAACUUUUAGCUGUUAACUGCUGCCAGCUGGUAUACGCAGCCACUUCAGUGGAGGCCUUCGGUCAAAUCAAUUCAUCAUCCAGGAAACAUGAGGCCAUAUUAAAGAAUCAGGUGCACUGUAUUGCCCCCAUGUGCCCUGGCAAAUUUAAGUAUAGCUGCAUGAAAAGGUCCAAACCUUCCACAGAUCUGCCCCUUACUACACCCUGUACAGAAUGUUCUAGAAAACACAGUAUGAAAUAAAUGCCUUCUUCCUUCAUUCCUCAGACAACUAGAGGCUUUACUACAUGAAGAGCGAUAAACAGUUCUAUUAAACAAAGUUAUUGACUUAUGUAACAGCUUUCUAAGAAAAAACAAAGUUAUGAAGGCAAACGAUGGCCUUACUUUUAACUCUGUACUUGGAUUAUUUGGCGUUUCCAAUGUUUUGUCCACACCCUGUAUACUUCAGCAUUUCUGAUGCUUAAGUAGAUUUUUAUCUGACGUUUUAUAAUGUGACAGAAAACUAUUUAAUAAGAUGCAAUAUGGAGUCAAGAGAGAUGACUGUACACUGUAACACAUGGUUUGUUGGUUCAACCUGAAAAAAAUACUCCAUGAAGUAAAAAGCAGUUUUACUGAUUUUAUUCCACUCAAAUAAAGACUGUGCAUGAAACAAUGCAAAGCAAAAUUUUAGUCUAGGUGAACAAAAGCAGUAAUUCACAUCAACGGAAACCUCAAAAAACACUUUAAAUUAACUUCUGUCCUGUUCCACUUUUUACAGAGUAUCAAACAAACGUAACAUUUAUAUUUGGCUGAUUUCAGUACUUUAUUUCUUUGACUUUUCUUGUGGAUGUGACAUACAAAGGCUCUUAUCUGGCAGAGAACAGUCUGAUUACCUUGUUAGAUAAUCUGAGCCUGAAUCUAGACGGAGUAUGUUUUUCAAAUAACCCAGCUGGAGGAUGCAGGAAACAGUAUCUAUUCUCUUUGCAUUUACUUCUGUAAAAAAUGUAAAUCUUCAAUAAAUACAAAGUAUUUUUGUACAUC